AUGUCUUCCCCCCUCUCCAUCGACAAUACUAUGGGAGCCGCCCUCAUCGGGUCCGUUUGCGCAGCUGUGCUGUACGGCGUUUCUUGCAUACAGACGUGGUACUACUACGAUCGGUACCCAACGGAUGCGUGGUACAUCAAGUACUUGGUCGCCUCCGUUUGGGUUUUUGAUACUAUACACCAAGUUCUCAUUAGCCACACGGUCUACCAUUAUCUUGUUUCAAACUACACAAAUCCGGCGAUGCUGGCCAACAUUAUAUGGUUAAGCCUCAUAUGCCUUCUCGUGCAAGGUUUCUUGACCAUGAGAGUGUGGCGUAUGAGCAACAAGAAUAAGAUCCUCACGUUCAUCGUCCUUUGUCUAGUUAUUGCGGAGUUCGGUAUGAUGCAACUUCAAACAUGGCUUGAACUCAGCCAGCUGAAGGGUCUUUCCAUGGCAGUCAAUGUCCUUGCCGCUGCAGGGGAUGCGCUGAUUGCGGCGUCCCUCGUGUUUCUGCUCCGACGCUCACGAACAGGAUUCAAGAAAUCAGACACGAUGAUCAGUCGGCUGAUUGUUUUUACGGUCAACACUGGUCUUUUCACUUCCAUUUGCGCUGUCAUGUCCCUCGUCUCGAUUAUUGUAUGGGGAAACACCUUGAUCUAUGUCGCAUUCUAUUUCAGCUUGGGUCGACUAUACUCAAAUUCUUUAUUGGCGACCUUGAAUGCUCGCCAGGAAAUACGGAAUCUCGCAGACGAGAUGGACACACUGUCGCUGUCCUUUCGUAGCGGUCCAAGUUCUUUCGGCUCGGGAUCAAAGAAACCUACCAACAUCUCCAUCGUGAUUGACACUACACAGGAUUUUGUUCGGGACCGCGCGAUGACCAUGACGGACUCAGAAACAGAGUCCCCAAUAACCGAUCUCAAGGACGAGGUUUGA